CAUUUAUUAUCAUCAUGUAUCGCCAAUAAGCGAAAGUCAAGAGCGGAAAAAUAAAAAAACCAAAGCAAAAAAUAUAAGUUAGCUAACGGCCGCGCUAACGUGUUAUUCCAAAAUAAAUAUAAACAAAACCUAUUAUCGAUGCAAAUUGAGUUACAAAAAAGUGAAAUAAGAUAAUAAAUAUAAAAAGAAAAUUAUUGAGAAUAUAUGCUUAGAGAAUUUUAGAGUGCAACAUAACCAAAGUAGAAAUUUAAGUCAUUUGUUUGUGAAAUAUUUUUAAAAAUUUUCUAUUAGACUAGGCUUGGAAAAGAAAGUGUAUGGAAAAUGUGGAAAAUAUUUGAAAUGCUGAUAUUUCUAAUGGUGCUAUGUGCACAACACCGACACGCAUUGGCUGAUGGCAAGUGGGAUUAUGCUGUAACCGCUAAAACGAAAAUUGUCUUUUACAAUGACCAAUGGCGGGAUGUAAUCUCAUCGGCACAUCAGUUUGAUCACUUGACAGCCAUUGCUUUCGAUGAAACCGAAGAAAUUGUUUACUUUGCCGAUCGUAUGCACAACAACGGCAGCAUAUUUUCACUGAAAUUGCCAAAUGGUGCUUCUGGUGAUAGUCACGUCAUUGACACUGUUGUCCAGCGGACACAAAAUGAAACCGUUACCGGUAUUGCUUACGACCCGUUGGAUCGCAAUGUCUAUUGGGUAGAUCAAAGUGGUAAAAAGAUCUACUAUGCCUCGGUUGAUAGGGCCGAAAGGGAGAUGCCCAAAGUUCUAAUUGAUUUCAAAAAGGAAGCAACUGUACCCGAUGGCAUUGCAAUUGACUUUUGUCGCCGCAAAUUGUAUUGGACAAAUUCUAAUUUUGUCAAUGCCACCAUUGAGCGGAUUGAUUUGAACGGCAAGAAUCGCAAAACAAUUAUCGACAAAGAUUUAUACCUGCCACAUGGCAUAGUGGUGGAUCAGUUGUCGGAUCGUAUCUACUGGGUUGUCGAUCAGCAGGGUAUACACUUCACUGUGGAAAGUGCCAAAUUGGAUGGUACCGAUCGCCAAAUAAUUGUCAAAGGUCUGGAUAGUACACCUUCAAAUUUAGCCGUAACAAAGGAAUUGAUAUUUUGGACGGAUCAGAGACACGAAGCCAUAUGGACGCACAUAAAAGAGGCCAAUGUAAAAGUAAAUCGAUCGGAAGAAGUCAUCGAAGAAGAGGCCAAACCGCAUAUUAUAUUGCGUAUGCAAGACAAGCCCAGUGGCAUUAUAGCGCGUACACGUUUUAUGACCAAUUUGCAACAAGAUGAACAUUGUGCCAGUGUGGUAAAUAAAAUAAAGCGUCGUAUCUUGGAUUCCGUGCCUGCCUCUAUUCCAAAUACAACAGGCUCAAAUGGAACGGCAAUCACCAAGCGUGAUUAUUGUCUCAACGAUGGUGAAUAUAUACCACAAAGUGGCAUUUGCAUAUGUAAGGUGGGUUUCAUAGGUGCUCGCUGUGAGACGAAUGAAUGCCACAAUUACUGCAUCCAUGGUACGUGCACCAUGUCUUCCACGGGCCAACAGAAAUGUUCGUGUCAACGUGGUUUCUACGGCAAACGUUGUCAGUCAUCCAGCUGCGCUGGAUAUUGCCUAAACGAUGGGGUGUGUAAAAUUGAAAGUAACGGCGAGCCUUCGUGCGAGUGUCCCGACAAUUUCGGUGGUCAACGUUGUGACCAGAAUUCGACAGAAAUAUGUGCAUUGUUUUGUCGUGUAUUAAAAUAUGAACCCGAAACCUAUGUUCCCUUUGGAUGUCAUGACAUAUGUGAAGAAUUAUCUUCUCAAAGCGAAGAGGCAGCCCAACUUUACGCCAUACCAACAUACAAACAUUUAGAAGUUUGUAAAAAUCAAGUGACAUGGACCAAUACAGUUAUAAUUGCCCUUGUGGCUGGCGUUGUGUCCUGCUUGUGUUUGGUCCUGUUCAUUGUACAUGCGAUAAGACGUUUCUAUAAACCGGCCAGGCCAAGGAUAAAGAAGACAUUUGUUGUGCGCAGACAACCCGCUUCCACAGACACUCCGCUUACAAAUCGUCCAAUAGCAACAGAACAAUGUGAAAUAACAAUAGAAAACUGUUGCAAUAUGAACUAUUGUGAUACGCCGUGUUUUGAUCCGAAAAUGGUACAACAAACGUUAUCACGCGAUACCAACAAUACCAAAGAAGACAAAAAGAUUUUAAUACAUAACAUGGAGGAUGAUCUUUAUUGAUGAACCCAAGAUGAUAUUCGUAUCCAUGCGGGAAGUAUGGAAAUUGGCGUGUGUGUCACUCCCCUUAAAAGAGGCCUUAAAGCAUAGUAUCAUUGCCAUUUAUAGAAAAAGGGUAGCUUAGAUGUACUUAAAAAUUAACGUUUAUAUAGAUAAAUCUUCCAAAAAGGCAUCUAAAAUAGCAGUCAACUACUUUAACUGCUUUAUAAUUUUUAAAUGAUGCUAAGGCGUGUCUUCUCAUUUUACUAUUUUUACGAUUUUUUUUAGUUUUCAUUAUGUUGUAAAAUGUACAGUCAUGGGCUAUAAAGAAGACAAAACAGCUUUUCAUUUACAUAAACAUUCAAGAACAUUGUAAAAGCACGCCCUUCAUCGAGAAUGCAAGAAUAUGGGUUCAAAAGACUAGUACCUUUCAAGAGACAAGCUUUUACUGUCGACUUCUAAAUAGAGUCGAAGUAUGGAUCAAUACUGCUAUGUAUAAAGUAAUCCAUUCAUAUAAAAAUAUCUUAACUUUGGCACGAUAAUAGAUGAUAUGGACUGUCAUUCACAUAUGUUAUGAGAUAUUGAAUAAAAAACAAACUAAUUCAAACUCAUGCAAUGUCACCCCACAAUUUUGAAGAAUGACUAUAUCGAAAUAUAACAUGACUUUCCAAAUAUUAGGAAAGUUUUUGCAUUGGCAGAAAAAAGUUAAGAACAAAUAAUAAAUUCAAAGAAGAUCCGUAAAAUAUUUCCAUAGUGUUCUUAUACUGUAGUAUACGAAAUAUACUGUGAAAGAGAACAAGUUUUGUGCUACUUUACUGUCCAUGACUGUGAAAUAUAUUUUAUUUUUUUAUUUAUUAUUUUAAAUUGAAUUGAAUACGAAACGGGUUUACUUAAUUUAGUAUAAUUAAAUCAAAUUAGAGAGGAUAGAUUCAAUCGGUGUAUAAACAUUAGCAUUGUGGUGCAAAAUAUAAAAUAUUCUUACCAGCUCAAACCAAAUGCCCCUUUUCAGUAACUAUUAUUGAAUUCAAGUAAAUUUGAAGAGAAUUUGUGUUUGCCCCCCUACCACAUGUUAUUUGUACUUAGAUAUUAAUACUACGAUUGGAAAUUAUCCUAAAAUAAUUAGAAUGGAAACAAUUUUGCACAAAUUUUUUGCAAGUAAAACCAAAUAGAAAACAAAAUCUAAAUGUCUUGCUUUAAGCAAUUUAUGUACAAAUACAUUAAUUAAAAGACAUUCACUUAAUUAGUUUAACAAUUAUCCAUCAGGGUGUUAAGUUAGUGCAUACAUUCACACAUUCACCACAACCAUCAUGCCUGUAAAUGAAUGCAAAGUUUUAUUUGAAAUAAUUCACCCAAUAUAAUUUAUAAUUUAUUUUUAAUGUGAUUUGAAAUAAUAUUAUCUGAUGUAUAUAAGGUAGAAAAAUUGUAAAUUCAAGUGAUUAAUAAUUAACUUCAUUGAGAUAAAAGUUCCUUUAAUUUUAUGAAAACAUUAACAAUGUGUGUACAGAUUUACAAAUAUAUACAAUUAGAUGACAAUGAAUGUCGCGAGGUCUGUUUAAAUAUAAUAUCGAAAUAAAUGAAAAAUAUUGUUAA